GUUGUCAUGAUAACCAUGUUGUCUGAGUAAGGCCUAGCACAAGCUACUCUGAUACUUUAGUCUUUAUAGAUCACAGGUUAUUUAGACAUCUACAUCUCUUCAUUAGAAAGUAACAUUUCUGUGACUUGAAAGUUGCAGGGUAUUAACGUUUUGAGUGAGAACUUACCUGAAAAUUUACAUUUUAGCUGUUCACCUUCCUGGGAACAGGGUAUCAGUGAUAUCUGAGACUAUUCUGCAUUGAAAGGUAUAUUGAAAUAAAUCAGCAGUUCUCUGAAGUUUCUGUACUUAAAUAUUGCAGAGACACUUGAACUUGUCCUAUACUCUCAGGACAUUACCAUUGGGCAUUGACAACUAGACCAGAAGAAAAGAUAAGGUCAACAUCACUAAUGCCAGCAAUUUUUACUGGGAUAUCAGACUCUCAAUUCUAGCUAAAUGAGUGCUCACUAAUGUCAAACAGGCAAGUGCUACAAAUAGCACCAUUUUUAUAUUAUCCAGAUUAAAGGAAUGAGGCUUGAUUCUAUGGAAAGCAGCUGAUCUACCUGUGACUAGAUUUGAGGAUGAGCACAUGUGAAGAGGUUUCUGAGGAAGUAGCACAUCAGGUUGUGAAAUCUGUCUUUGUUAUUGAGGACACAAGCAGGAACCUCAUUCCUUGCCUUCAAAAUGGGGCUGAUGAAAGGGAAAAUCAUACUGAACCUCUGCUUAAGAGGCCUUGUUUGUCUCCAGAAGUUGAUUCAACUCCUUGCAUAUCAGCUGUUGCAUUCCCACUACAGGAAAUACAGCAGAGCUUUGAUUUGGUCACAAGCACAGUCACACAAAUGGCAGGUGAAGAGGUUGCUGCAGCAUCUAUGAUGCCAUUCCAGAUUAUACAGAAUGUCACUCCACAUGAAGUAUUUUCAUUGGCUAAUGUGGAACAGUCAAUAGUUAGCCAAACAUGGUUCACAGGUAAAGAAGUUAAGGAUGCUCUAGCUAACCAAGGACAUAAAUGGAAGCAGGGGAUGUGGACUAAGGAAGAAACAAAUAUUUUGAUGAGCAACAUUGAACAGUAUAUGAAGGAACAUGGAGUAGAGAAUCCUGCAGAAAUCAUUUUUAAGAUGUCAAAGGGUAAAAGAAAAGAUUUCUACAGGUCUAUCUCAUUUGGUCUGAAUCGACCUUUGUUUUCAAUAUAUAGAAGAGUAAUCCGAAUGUAUGAUGACAGGAACCAUGUGGGUAAGUACAGCCCUGAGGAAAUAGAGAAGCUUAAGGAGCUCUGGCAGAAGCAUGGCAAUGACUGGAUAACAAUAGGGGCCGCCAUGGGAAGAAGUCCGUCUUCUGUCAAAGAUCGGUGGCGACUAAUGAAGGAUGCUUGCAACGCGGGGAAAUGGACCGAAGAAGAAGAACAGAUUCUUGGAGAUGCGGUUCAUGAGUUGACAGGCACGGAGGUGGAUGAGAAAGUCACUCAGGGUGUGUGUUGGGCAACAGUGGCUCAACAAGUGGGUACUCGCUCAGCAAAGCAGUGUCGUGCUAAAUGGCUCAAUUAUCUGAACUGGAAACAGACUGGAGGUAUUGAAUGGACAAGGAAAGAUGAAGUCACUCUCAUCCUCAGGCUAGCAGAGCUUGAUGUAGCUGAUGAAAGUGAAAUUCGCUGGGAUGAAUUAGCUAAAGGAUGGGAGAGUGUUCGUUCACCACAAUGGCUGCGAAGUAAAUGGUGGAACAUCAAAAGACAAAUUACAAAUCACAAGGAUUUUGCAUUCCCCGUCCUAGUAAGAUGUCUUCAACAAGAAUAUGAAAGACAAAACGCAAGCCUCAGAUUUUGGAAGAAUAAAUCUGGAUCUGACAUGUCAGAGAGCAACCCUGAUAUCAGUGUUCAACAAGUCUCCUUUGGAGUCACAAGUAUAGAAGAUAAUAACACAUCUAUCUGUCCAGUCCCCAUGACAGGAUCGCAAAUUACACUCCAACUCCUUCCCAGGUCCUUAACAGACUUACCUGCUGCUGUUGGUGACUCUGAAUCUGUAACCCUGCCCACUGGACCACAGUAGAUAUUUGAGAUUCUCCCCUAUUUCCAUUUUUGUUCCCUCACCUUGCACCUAUUGUCUUCAAACAAGUUCAACUCAUUGUCUUCUAUUAACUCUGACCACUUGUACCACAGUAAACAUAACAGCUGCUGCACCUGCAUCUCCUAACUGAUCACAUUUCACCCUUUAUCCCUCAAGCAUCCUGUGGAGUAUUCCAGUCAAAUUUACCUGAAAUGUCAUAUACAAAGAAUCAUCUGUUGCUGAAAAGUGACAUUGCUUUUUCCACAUCCCAAGCAGAAUUUUCAGUCCAUAGUAUCACCUACAUUUUUUUCUGAUUUUCAUGGACUACUGCUCAUUCAAAGCAAAAGAUAAAUCACUGAAAGAAUUAUUUAACUAUAUGGCUCUGUUGCCAUAAUUUGAUGAUGCUCUUAUUUAUAAAUUCAGAGGCCCAAACAGCAUAGAAUUAAUGAACUGUGCUAAGAGUUCAACAGAAGAAUUCCCCAACACCAACCAAUAUAAUAAAUUCACUCAGAUUUAUUGGGUGCUUGUGUUUCUGAGGAGUUAGUCACUCAGCAUAGUAGAGCAAGUGCAUUAAACAAGUGAUACCAAAACCAUGGUUUGUGCUCCUUCACUUCAUGGCUUGAUCAAGGCAGGGGAUUUUACAUGUACUAAAUCAGUUUUGCCUGUCAGAGCACUAUGUCUCAUAAUAAAAAACUACUAAAUAUCAAAUACGA